UUCAUCUGUUCAGAUGAAACGUUCUCCAGCAGGCUGCUGAACCACUUCAGACUGAGCAGUGCCGCCAUGCUGAAGCCGGGUGACCCCAGCGGUUCGGCCUUCCUUAAGGUGGACCCGUCCUACCUGCAGCACUGGCAGCAGCUGUUCCCGCAGGCCCAGCUCAAGGCUCCGCUGGCCCCGCCGCCGCCGCCGCCAGACCGCCUCUCCAUCGCCGUGGACGCCCUGCGCCCGUCCCGCCUGCACGCGCACCUCCUGGCCUGCACGUCCUCUUCCUCAUCUUCCUCCACUUCCUCCUCCUCCGCAGCUCCUUCCUCCUCCUCCUCCUCCUCCAUCUCCGCCCCCGCAGGCCUCGCUCAGCUGCCCGUCCCGCAGCAGAUCGCGCUCUUCGGGCAGGCGCUGGCCCCGGCGCCGGGGGCCGCGGCGGACCUGGUGGUGGUGGUCCCCCCGGACAACCAGCAGGGCCACAACCCGGCCAAGGAGCAGCGGUGCGCGGCGGUCGGGGUGGUGUCGUCCAGCGUGAAGAGCGGCGGCGGCGGUGCGGAGGAGUGCGGGAAGGCUGCGGGGGGGCGAUGCAAGCUGACCUCCGAGGAGCUGGACUACUACCUGUACGGCCAGCAGAGGAUGGAGAUCAUCCCGCUGAGCAACCACACCGGGGAGCUCAACAACCGUUGCGACAUGUGCGCAGAUAACAGGAACGGCGAGUGUCCGAUGCACGGCCCUCUUCACUCGCUGCGCCGCCUGGUGGGCACCAGCAGCACUGCAGCGCCUGUUCCUCUGCCGGACGUCCCUGAUUGGCUGAGGGAUCUGCCCAGAGAGGUGUGUCUCUGCACCAGUACGGUUCCCGGUCUGGGUUAUGGGAUCUGUGCCGCCCAGAGGAUCCCUCAGGGAACCUGGAUCGGCCCGUUCCAGGGCGUCCCCCUGCUGGUGGACAAGCUGCACUCUGGGGCCGUCAGGAACACCAGACACCUGUGGGAGAUCUAUGAUGCAGAGGGAACGUUGCAGCACUUCAUAGAUGGAAACGAUCCCAGUAAAUCCAGUUGGAUGAGGUACAUCCGCUGCGCGAGGCACUGUGGGGAGCAGAACAUGAUGGUGGUCCAGUACAGGUCGUGCAUCUUCUACAGAGCCUGCAUGGACAUCCCCAGAGGAACGGAGCUGCUGGUUUGGUACAACGACUCCUACACGUCCUUCUUCGGCAUCCCGCUGCAGUGCAUCGCUCAGGACGAAAACCUAAACGUUCCAGCGACGGUGGUGGAGGCCAUGAGCAGACAGGAAUCCCUCCAGUCCUUCAGCAAAAAGCCCUCCUCGUCUUCAUCCUCCUCCUCCUCCCCUCCGGCCGCCCUGCUGCGCUCCAUGGUCUUCCCCCACUCCCCCUGCUCCCGGAGCUUCUCGCUGCUGGACAAGGUCGGGGUCGGAGUUCAGUCGGACUCCGGCUUCGGCCAGCUGGGCUCCAAGAACCAGCGGGUUCUGGCGAGCCCGACCUCCACCAGCCAGCUGAGCAGCGAGUUCAGCGACUGGCAUCUGUGGAAGUGCGGCCAGUGCUUCAAGACCUUCACCCAGAGGAUCCUGCUCCAGAUGCACGUCUGUCCGCAGAACCCCGACAGGCCGUACCAGUGUGGCCACUGCUCCCAGUCCUUCUCGCAGCCGUCGGAGCUGAGGAACCACGUGGUGACGCACUCCAGCGACCGGCCCUUCAAGUGCGGAUACUGCGGCCGCGCCUUCGCCGGCGCCACCACCCUCAACAACCACAUCCGGACGCACACCGGAGAGAAGCCGUUCAAGUGUGAGCGAUGCGACCGCAGCUUCACGCAGGCGACGCAGCUCAGCCGCCACCAGCGACUCCCCAACGAGUGCAAACCGGUCAACGACAGCACCGAGUCCAUCGAGGUGGAUUAACCUCUGACCUCUGGCUGCCCGCCGCCUCACCAUCCAUCCAUCCGUCCACAUCCCACUGCAGUGAUCUGCUGCGGCGAUGUGCUGCGGCGUUCCGGUGGAGUCCAGAACGUUCCCCGUUCUGGACUCCACCAACGUUCAUCCCUGGUUACUGAAAUGUAAAAUCCCGGCAGAAAUCAGCCGAUCCAAAACCAGAUCCGGGUUCAGAGAAUCGGAGUGAAAACCUCGACUCCACCAAACCAAAGAUCCGAGCGGUCGCAGCGUUCCGACUUCUGGGAAUGCCACCUUGCUUCGUCCCAAAGAAAACCUCGUGAAAAUCCAAAUAAAGCGUCUGAUUGUCUUCCUGCAGCUUUUCCUCCAGGUGACGCACAGAGAGGCUCACCGACCCGUUUACGGCCCAAACAGCAGCGACUGCAGAACCAGAAAAGAGAGAAACAUAUUCUAUUUAUCUUCUGCUCAUAUCGUGCUGCAAGCACCUUUUAUUUUGAAACGUUAAGUUAAUAUGUGCAGCUCUGAUGUUGAUAAAUGUACAGAGGGAUUUCUUAUAGAAAUGAUCCCAGAGUUAAUAUGAAGCAUGACUUCAAUCAUCGUCACAUUCAAUGUUUCUACUUCCUGUUUUCUAAAUCUCCUCUGAAGGAAACCAAUGUUUUCAACUCACCUUCCUUCCUCUGGAGUUGAUUUGAGCCUCAGACGAUGAAGAUCCGCUUUGUCUUCCAGCUCUGAGGGUUGAAGUGAAGCAGUCGUUGUGCCUGAGAGUUAAAAGCUUUAAAUCGGCUCCGAUCCAAAGAAACCAGAAUCAGCACAAAGGGAUGUUUCACUGAGGACGGGAAACUGAACGGAAUAAAAAAGGUUUAGAUUGACAACACCAGCACAAAGUGCCGACUAAUCGUCCACGUCACAGACAGAUUCUGGAUGAACGGCUAAAGUGACUCAGCAUUUUAUCAAAAUGUUGGUUCUACCGGACCGGCCCGACUGGAGCGACUCCCUCUUCAGAACCCGGCUGAUUCAUUCUGUCAGCAGGCCGGACUCUGAGCCCUGAGGAACUCCUCCCUCCUGAGUGAAGCAUCUCUGUUUUCACGGUGCAGACUGAGCCCAUGCUGGAUGUGAACAGGUUUUAUAUGACUCAUCAGAUCCACUUCCUGUUUGGAUCCACUUCCUGUUUGGAUCCAGAGGAUCUGAAGUCAGUUUGAAAAAUCAAAUCAGUGAUUUCUAAAUAUGAACCAAAGAUCCAGUUGAGUUCAGGUUCUGCUUCCUGUUGAUCUGCAUGACUUUCCUUUUGGUUUGGUUUUGUAACAAACGUCAUGAAUCAAAGUAACUUUGAUCCGUUGGAAAUAAAACUGAGAUCCGCUUUUGAUUCUGAGCUGCAA